UUGCAGACGCAACUUUCCGCCAUGCCAAGCCGAUGGAAGCGCCUUUGGAUGUUUGUCAUCCUGGUGAUGCUAACAGGCCUGAGCCUGCUGAGCCUUGAUUCAGUGUUGGCUCCAUCUCAGCAAGUUGCGAGAUGUACUUGCACGUGGUGCACGUGCUGCACGUGCUGCACAUACUGCACGUGGCUAGCUUCCAGAAGUUGGGUGAAAUGCGCUCAGACUUUGUUGGAGCUUCUUUCUGCAAUGUUUUUGGUGCUUCUUGGAUGCUUAAGAUGCUUGAGCAGUCAGACUGUAGCGAAAAAGCCACGGUUCUGGCUGAUGGUAGCGACAGUUCCAGUUGUGAUUCCAGCUGCUGCGUCCGCUGCCUUUGUGGGUCCCCCACGGGAUCGGCAACCUCUGCUGUGGGAGCCGCCCGAAGCAGCCCAACGGCCUCGACCAAGUUCCAACCUGAAGGAGCUCAAGGAACCAGACGAAGGAGACGAAAGGUUGUCGAAGCGAGUCCGUGCAGUGGCCAUUGGUUCAGCAGGUGGCAUUCUCUUGAGUCUGGUGGUGCAAAGUAUCACCCCAGAGGAGCCAGAGUAUUAUCGAGAGCCACCACGGAGGGAAUACAGAAGGGUACUUUCAGCACCUCCACCUCCUCAACCAUUGGCGUCCAGCUUUUCUUUCAGCUCUUUAACUACGGGGCUGCUGGUUGGCCUUGGGACAGGAGUCAUCAUUGGUACCAGCAUGACUGAAGAAACUACCCAGGAGUCGUUUGCCCAGCCCUUCUCAAAGGACAAUGGUGAUGCUGCUGGCUCAAGGGCGCCUCAUGCACUGCAAAAUGGUGAUGUGCCCAUACGAGGGAGAAACUCGCAGGGUGUGAAAUGACCUGAUGCCAACGCUGAAGUUGCAACCUGGGUGUUCAUCAUCUUCCGCUCAUGAUGGCACCGGAAUUAAGUCAUGGGUAGCGCAAGCCUGCUACCGGUAUAGUAAGGUAGAUCCAAGGACAGAGUCUACCUCUUCGGCUAAAUGACCCAACGUCCGCUCUCUAAAGUGCCCAGAAAAUCGGGAGAAAA